AAAUCAAGGGCGCCUCGCGGCCGCCGACGCAUAACCCGAGUUUAUUAUUAAAACAAUUUCAAGCGGGCGUCGAUAUGUAGUAAGACGCGCGACACUCGCUUCCGAAAGUUCUGAAAACUGCGCGGCCCGUUUUCUCGAAAACGCGCAAUUGAAGCGCAGGCUCCUCCGCCGCGGGUGGCAGGUCCAUUUUAUUCUUACGCUUCCCACCAGGAAGCACAAAACGGAGAUGGCGCACCGAAGAUGAAGAUUAAGAUCUAGAUUAAGCGUCGGGAUGCCGGUGCGAGGCUCGUUGCAUCGGCAAGAGAGAGGGGUAGAUCAUGCGCCCUGCAUUCACACAUUGGUUGGCACGAAGGGUGGCGGGUUUUCCCAACCCUCGCCGUCAGUUUGACGCCGCGUGCGAGCGCAUACAGAUCCGUCGCGAUCGCCGACUCGCGCGCGCGAAAGGGAAGAGAACCGGGGAAGAUUUGAGAGAGAGAUAAAGGGAGAAAAAGAGAGAGAGAGAGAAAAAAAAAGAGAAAAAGUUCGCUGUUCUUCCAGGGAAUCUUCGUCGUAAAAUGAUCGCCGGCAGGACGAGUCUGCACACUCGGUCCGUCGAUCCAACUUGAAACUCGAUGAGAGGCGCGAAAGAAAGAAAAGCACGCCGUCAGAGAUUCGCUGCCUGUAAUGUAAGGUGAAUCGCACGCGGGUUUCUGGUUGUUGUUUUUUUUUUAGGAGACGCGAUAUUGCGAGAGUUCGAUUCGUGCGAUUGAAAGGACUAUGUCGAUGCGCGUUAAUCCGAUUAUCAAUCGCGAACAUUUAUGACCGAUGACGGAUGACCGAUUAUGAGCGAUUCAUGUACAAUUGUUCGGAAGCGAUUAAUACCGCCGAUUUAAUGCAAAAUAGAAUUCUACAGGGCAUUGUUGAUUUAUCGAAUUAAUUGAAAAAAGGGUAGUACGCCGGUUUUGUUUUUUGGGAUUUCCGCUCUUUUCGUAUUUGAUUUAAACAACGCGGGGAUGUAUGCGACGCGAUUCAAUACGCUGUGAUAGAAAGAAUGGAAUUAAUCGCCGGAUAUUGUUAAAAAUGAAUUGCGUUUUGAAAUGCACGUUUGGGUUUUUAAUCCGUAGGGACAAUGCGGCUUUUGUGAAUCAACUUUCAGAGACAAUUUCAUAGGAAUUGAUUAGCAAGAAAAUUACACCGGUUUCUCGGCCGCGCGAAAAUAAGAGGAUCACAGAAAAUUCCCUUCGCUCAUCGUUUCUUUGGUUUCGAAAGACACAGGUUAGAUUCUCGCGGUUCUUAUUUCUACCUCUUACACUUUCUUUCCUUGAAACAGGGGAAAAUUCGUGAGGAUCGCUGACGGGGAAAUGAAAUUAAUUGUCUGAUAUUAUCGGGCAAUUCGGAGGAGUCGAGCAAUUCUCCUUUAAAAUGAUUAAUUCGAUCGAUUAAAAGCGAUAUUUUUCCGCGUGUAAAUAAAAGUUUUGUGGUUUUCGGUAUUUCGCCGAUUAUGAUGUGUGUGAACGAGAGAGAAUGAAGUUUUAUAUAAAACCACGGGACGUUUAUCAAAAUAUCGCGUUAGUUAAUCUGUAAUCGAGCAUCGAGCAUGCCUCAAAGCAAAGUUAUUAAUUUGCGUAAUUACGGAACAAUGUGUCGUUACGGAUUUAAUUUUCGCUAAUAGGAAUUGAAUUGUUGGCGACUUUUAACGUCAGUUUCGCAUGGCCGUUUAUAUUCCUGAUGAAAUCGCGAAUAUCGCGCUGCCACUCGAUAUUUUCGCGAAAGUUGACGAUUAUCAUAUAAUCGAAGGCGCAUUUAAUUUGUGUGAUUUACUAUUACGGCAAUUUGCGUCUGUAUAUUCUUGCUCACGUUUUGCAUUAAAAUUUUAUCGCUCGUCCAACGUUGUUAUCGAAAGCAGGAGUAAUUUGCGAUUAAAAUUGACGACGGAAGCACGCGCGUUUUACGAAUUUAUCCACUUGACAACUGUCCACUUAAUUACACGGGGGUAGAAAGUGCGCGUAGCGGUAAGCGUUACAUAAACGAUUACGAUUGUUUGACUAAACAGGCGGACGAGCAAGGAAAUAACUGACCAACGGGACAAAUAAAUAUGUUCUCGGUGUGUACGCUUUCUGUAACAAUUAGGUACGAUGUUUGGUACGUCAACACUAUCGUUAAUCGCUGGUGGAUCGAAACGGCGGCACACGCCAAUGGGUGAAUUUGCCGCGUGCCAAUUUUCGAUUAAAGUACCGUCGAUACGCCGCGGAUAUCUGCACUACGCGCCCACGAUUCGCCGCGCAGCGACAUACGACGCAAUGUGAGUGUGCCGUAAUCUAUGAUCAUGUGUGUGAAUCGCGAAAUCGGGAUUGCAAAAGAGACAAAUCAGGACGGUAUCGUCAGUGGGAAUCUCGAUUAAUUGCAAUUUGCACUUGUGUGAAAUUGCCGCCGAAGAAACGGAAUCGUAUCGGAAUCAAUGGAGAACUUUUUACCGCUCCGAAUCGCGGCCGGGGUUGGCGAUCGCGCGCGAUAAUUACACGCGAUGAAAUUGUUGAUCAGUCAUAACGAUACGAUCCGCGCCCGGCUCGGAGGAUCGAUUUGAACGAAUCAAUGUGACGCCGCUCGAGAGAUAUCGAGCAAAGGCUUUGCAAAGGCCCGGCCUUUCAAUCGCUUUUCAUAUUCGCCGAUCGCCGAUCGGUCCAAUAACGCAUUAGCGCCGGGAUUGGAUCUCGGCAAAACUCUGAUCCACGCGAGAGCCCCGCAAAAAUCGACCGAGAGGCGUACCUGCACGUGGAAAAUCGGAUUACCGUGCGAAAGAGAGAGAGAGAGCGAGAGCGAGAGAGAGAAAGUGAGCCGGGGGAGACUGGGAGAGACGUCUCGAUUAGUAGCCCGCGCAAAAACACUUCACGCGCGGUCUAAUCUCAAGAGCAACGAGAACGGAUCACCGACAGAUCGAUUUACCGCGAGGUAUCCACCAUUGAGAGCCCGUAGUCGUGGAGCGAGCGUGAGUUUCGCUGGUAAAAAAAAAGGAGGGGUAAAAAAACAAACAUUGAAAUAGUGCUAGUUUCGGGCGGAAGAUAAGUUGAUUGUUGGAGAUGCCGAGAGGAGCUAUUAAGUAUCGGCUCUAUUAAGGGAUACCAUCCAUUAAGGACCAUACAGUCUAGAGAGAUGUAAGAUUGCACGGAGGAUUCUGAGGAUGCUGCGCCGCACCGAGUCGUAUUAAAUACUGACGAAGAAGCUGUAAGAUUGCGAAGAUGUUAGAGAGCUAUUCUCAUCGGCAAUAGGCAACUUAAAUUAAAGGGCAGAAAUUGAAGGGAGAAUGUGAGGGUCGUUAGAACAAACUCCUUAUCUUGAACGAUCUCGUGAAAUAUCGUAUUCUUAGUGCCGUAAUUAGACGCGAACGCGGUGUACGCGCGACUGUUGCUGAAAAAUUGAUAGCCGUAGCUGUAAGGUGAAAUUAAUCUCGAGAAGUAUCGUAAUAUAAUCGUACAUGUUGUCGGGGGCGAGAUGGAUGACGGUCACUUUAUGGCGACGUUGAAAUUAAUUACGGGGGAGAGGAGAGUGUUAAAUUGAUCUGAAGAAACAUAUAAUUGCGCACUAAUGUAUCAAGCAUGUCACGUUAUCGCGAGCAGCUGUUGCGAGCCGCUGUUACACGCGAACGAUAAUCACGUCCUGGAGAUGUCGGGAUUGAGAUCGAUCAGGCACGAGGAGACGUGCAAUCGCGAGUGGAUGUAACAAGCGGACGGUUUGUCGCGAACGGGAAGAUGAGCGGCUGAAGAUGAGUACGUCAGGUAUCUGGUGCGCGCUCAUCCUGCUCACGUUCACGCAAGAUUCCCUCGCCAAUCAUCACGAGAAAGCCCUCCAGAUCGAGAAGCCGAAGGAGUAUUUGCGGCAUCAGCAGAGCCACCGCUCGACGGCCCUCGUCGACCGCAAACUCGUCGACCCGACGGGAUUCCACGGCGCUGAGGUCCGCCCGGCGAUUAUUCAUCCGAUCGCGGAAAUCGCUCGCCCGGGCUCGGCGGCGGCGACGGCGGCGGCGGCGGCGGCGGCGGCGGCGGCGUCGGCGGUGACGUCGUUAAAUCGCCGCCCAGAAAGUCGUCGCGCGGAAAUCCGUCCGAUAAUCGCGCGAGAUCGCGUCGCGAACCUCUUCCGGCCGACGGAGAUCCAUUCCGCGUACGAAAAUCGUCUGCGCGCGGAUAAUCGUCCUUCGGAGAUACGCUCGACCUCGGGGAAUCUCGGCGGAAUCGUGGAAAUGCGCCCGACGGAGAACCGUCGUGCCGCGGCGAUACGCUCGGCGGAGAUUCUCUCGACGUCGGCACGUUACACCGCGGAAAUCGCCCUUGAUCCCGGAAAAGUUGGCGCGGAAGUUACGGAAGAGCGUGCCGCGAGAAUCCGCCCGGCGGAAACGCGUCUGCAAACGGAAGACCGUCGUUCCGCGGAGGAAGUUUCGCCGACGGAGAUCCGACCGAUGGAAAUUCUUUGGACGGAGAUCGAGCAGGCGGAUAUGUCGAGCAUCGAGAGAUCGCAGAUCCGUCACGGAAGAUCCAGGAGCCAUUUCGCGCGGCAGAAGAUAGAAGAUUCCGCGAGGGAUAGCGCGAAGGAUGCGGCAAAUAGGAUCAAGACUGAGGAUCAUGAGAAUCACUUCAAGACGCGUCAAGUGGAAAAAGUGAGUGAUUUUCCGGAAGGAUCCGUUUCGCCGAAGCGUAAUCAUUCUUGGCUUCUUGAGCGGAAUUUCUCAAAGGAUAACUCGGUCAACAGCCAAUCUCUCGAUCGAAUAGAGAAUAAUGUUUCCGAGGGGCUGGAAAGUUUGUUCAAGCUGUAUCAGGGUAAGAGAGGAAGCGUCGCCGAGGAAAAUUCUGCUCUUCUUCCCACGCGUAAUCUCUCCUGGCUGAUUGAGCGGAAUAUCUCCAAAGAUAAUACGAACAGCCGACCGUUGGAUCGGAUCAAGGAUGAGACUUGGAAAGACCUCCAAGAUACACUUAAGGUGCAUUACUCGGAGAACCACGGUGUUCUACGAUCGAGCCCCGAUUCCCUCAAGAGCUCUUACAAGGACGACCCCCUGAGUAAAUUGAGGAAGGCAAUAUCUUUAAAUAGGACUGUUGCGCCGGCAAUUGCGAACGACCGUAACACCACGGAGACGCUCGGCAUCGACGCGCUCGAGGACAUGAGCGAAUCCACUCGUGACCUCGAGGAGGAAGUUGCGCAGGACGUGGUGCUGGAUUACACGAGUUUCGAGGAACCGGCGAACGCCUCGUCCUCCGACCAGUCGACCCGCAAGAGACCGCAGGCCGCCCAGGUCGACAUCGUCACGCGUUUCCUGCGAAUUAUCGAGAACCAGCACACCUUGGGCGAGAACUGCACCGCGGGCACCGAUUUGAACCUCGGCGAAGGCGUCGUCGACCAAUACGCGCAGGAGAGAUUUCGCCUGGAGGCGGAAUUCGCCGUAAAUCGUGCCAACAUGCUCACCCGGCUCUGGAAAUACGCGCCAGAAGUGAUGCUGUCCUCCGAGUAUCUUCUGCACGCGAGCGUUCUCUCCAUGGUCGAGUUCGACGAGGACAUCUUUGCCGCCGGCAAUUGUUACGACAAGUUGCAGUAUCGAGAUCGGUGGUUGUACUGCCCGUUCGCUCACCGGCUGCCCAACCAGGACGGCAUCCUCGUCAAGGACCUCGCGAUCCAGUACAAGUACUUGAGCAACAGCAGCGAAUGGUUCUACAUCGCCAGGAAGAACGCCGAGAGGGUCAUUGCCAGUUACGAGCAAUUCAGCCGAGGAUUCCACACUUAUACGUUGAACGAAAGUGUGCACACGGAAAGGGAGGAGGACGAAAUCUUGACAGUGAAAUACGAGGAUGGCAGAUGGUCGAAACCGUAUUACGAUUGCGGGGGUGGGAAUAUCUGGAUGCUGACCUACACCGUACCCUUCUUCGGAUACAUCAACGAUACCUACUUCUUCAAGGGCACCAGCGGUAUCGACAUAGACCUCCGCCGGGUAGACAUAGAUCAGUGCCCGUUGCCGGCUGGAUCCACGCAGCUCAACAUAUUCGCCGCCAGCGACAAGUGCAAAAAGCGCACCACCGAGUGCAUCGCCAUCCCCGGGCUUGGCUUCCGCCGCGGUAGUUAUCGAUGCGUUUGCAAACGAGGCUUCUACUACCCGGACACGAAAUCGGACAAGAGGUACUACAAUGGCACGGUCAUUGAAGAAGAGUACGAGAGAUUGAUGAUGGGCGAGAAGAGCCAAUAUGCCGAGAGCGGGGUGUUUGAAUGCCUGCCGUGCGCCGAGGGGUGCGAGUCCUGCGAGGACGGCUCGCCCUGCGUCGUCUCCCUCAACUGGCUGAUGCGAACGGCGAUACUUAUCCUGGAGUGCUGCAUCAUCGCUUGCCUGCCAGCCGUCGCUCUUUUCACAUGGAAAUACGGGCAUGUGAAGGUGGUGCGAGCGGCCAGCCCGGUUUUGUUGCGCGUCAUUGUCCUGGGCGCCUUCUUCAUAUAUUGCACGACUAUAGUCAUGUAUCCCAGGCCAAACAUCAUCACGUGCACUGUGCGCGUAUGGCUACGAGAAAUUGGCUUUUCUCUCACAUACGGGGCACUCAUGCUCAAAACGUGGCGGAUAUCCGUGAUCUUCCGAGUGAAGUCGGCGAAGGCCGUGAAAAUAACGGACGCGAGCCUGCUGAAGCGGCUCGGCAUCAUCGUCCUGACGUUCAGCGUGUUCCUGAGCAUACGGACCCUGGUGGCACCGCCCGUCGUGAUCGUCGCGCGGACCGCCGACGAUCUCAAAGCGUAUCUGUGCCGAACUGACUGGUGGGACCACAGCUUCACUACCCUCGAGGUGAUGUUCCUCGUGUGGGGCAUCCGGUUGUGCAUCGUAGUAAGAAAGACUCCGUCGGAGUUUAAUGAGAGUCGAUUCAUUUCAAUGGCGAUUUACAACGAAUUUCUACUAUCAGUCUUCCUCAACGUUUCAAUGUUGUUCCUGCAAUCGCCGGCCAAUCCGGAUUUAUUGUACAUCAUAUUUUUCUGCCAUACCCAGCUUACCGUCACAUUGCUGCUGUGCCUGAUAUUCGGCAGUAAAGCUUACGUGGUAUUCCGCGACGGAGGGAAGGAGGAGACGAUCGGCAAACUUUGCGGCGCGACCGGCAAGUUCCUGGGGAAAAGCAGUCGUCCGCAGGGUACUAGUAACCAGACCAACUCGAUAUCGCUUCAGCAGGGUAAUUUCGCCGAAGAAAGCGACUCUGUCACGGAGGAGUUCCGUCGUUUGCUCAACCAGUUAGAGAUCCUAAAGGAGAAGAACAUAUUAUUAGGAAAUCAGGAGUUAUCCAGCAAACUGGCAGCCAUGCUGGACGCUUCCAAUCGAAUCGAGGCUCAAGUAUCCACUAUUCAAGCCAUUUCAACUAACAUCGUUCAGUUGAAUGAUCUCAACAAAUCGACGAAGGAGACUAAUCUCGGACAAGCUUGUCAGGAGCAGACCCGGGCAGGAAAUGGUUCUCAGGGUGAAAAUCGAUGUCGCGCAUGUAUUGAGAAAAACGGGCUCGGGGGGAAGGAUACGCGGGACACGUCGAAGGAUAAUGAGACGUCGGAGUCGAGGAAAAUCGGAAAAGACAUCGCCGUAUCAACAUCCUCGAAGCACGAGGACCUCGGCAGGGAACUAUGUCACGGGAAGGAUGGCAAAGAAGCUGAUUCGAAGGACAAAUCCAGGAGUAAAUCCGGUCACGCUAGGACGCACGCCAUAGUUAUCAACCUUGACGACAAGAGCAGGUUUUCCGAGGAAGUUACCGUGUAACGUUGUCUCUAAAAAAAAAGAAAGAAGAAACAGUGAAAAUUAACACAUUUUCCCGACAUUUCUAAUUAAAUAGUAAUUGAUUUGGUCGUUUGUCUUCGUCAAAAAUUCUUGUAUGAUUAUUAUAAUAAUUAGAUUUUCGAAAAAAAUUGACAUUCGUCUGAUAACAAUCGAUAAGUACGGAAAUCCAUAACAUAAAAUUAACGAAGAAAUGUUUGCUCGUCAUUAAUAAUCAUAAUCGAUUCUACGAGGGGAAUAAAAAAAAUUCCAGUUCGUUCGAAUUCACAAAUUUAUACCAUGAAUAAUUUAAACCGACACUCGAAAGAAGUUUUUCGGAAUUAAUAAGAUUGAUCAAUCUCUCGAUUGCGAUCGAGCAAUUAAUAAUUCCAAUGACAAGUCGGAAAUUUUAAAUGUUGAAGAACGUCUCGAAGAUCGUUGGAAUGAUUUGCUGAAACAAUGAUUGAUCUGAGUGAAAGUUAAUUAAGCGACCGUUUAGUCAUCGUGAAUAAUAAUCGUUCGCAUGUUAAUGAGAGACUCGCGGCACAUAUCGAUUUUUCAUAUUUUGAUGUAUAUCAAGUAUCCGUGGAAUAACAAAGAAAAAAUGGAAACGUUAGAUUAAUCACGUCGUUUGGCAUUUUCGAGCGAGACCGAUCGUAUUCUAGUGCGUCAUUAAUGAACCGUUCAUUAACCCUUAGGGAGUAAUCCGCCCUUUCCAGCAGCAAAUCGAUCGCGGUCUACGGGCUUUCCAAGAUCAAAAUGUGCUUCGUCAGCGUGUUCGCGGAUCACAAGAUAGCCUGCACCUGUAUUGUAAUUAUGUAUUGAUGUAAAAGCAAGUUGUGGGGAUAAGGCUCAUUAACCCUUUCCAGCUCCCCGAUGACGCACGGUAUUAUUAAAAUGAUACGACCGUUUUAAAUAAUUUCCUAAGAACGUGUUAAAUAUACGCAUAUAAAUGUAUAAUAUAAAAUGCGUUGUGUAAUUAUAAUACAAUUACGUAGGGUAAACUGAUACGAAAUGUGCAUUAAACCAUGUCGCAUGAUGUUACAUUAUAUUGUAUUAUAUUUGUCAGCGAUGUUCUAUUGUAUUGUAUUAUAAUCCGAGAUUAUAAU